CGUUCGUCACCUGAUUGUGUCAUUGAAUUGUGUUUUGGAUGAUCGGCUGAAGAUCUGAUUUUUGUAUAAGAAUUUUUUUUUGUAUAUUAUAAUUUUCUUUUUGCAAACAAACAAAGAAAAAAUGGCCGACGGAAAGAAACAAUAUUGGGAAAGUCCCGAAGAAAUUGAAAAAAUUAUGAAACGUCGAGAGAUUCGUCAUCGACUUCAACAGGAAUUUAAUCGAAUCAAUUACAAUCCAUAUCGUAUGCAACAACAUAUUGAAUUGCUCGAUCCUGCCAUUAGUCGAUAUUCGGCUAUGCGUGCAUCAAUUUAUGAACAUUGGAAACCAAAUUGGAGAGGAUUCUGGAAAUGGAGUUUUGUUUCAUACAUACCAAUUGUUUUAAUGGCUUAUCGUUUAACUGGUUACAUGCAAGAAGUUAAUGCUGAUUGCCGUACUGGUGCAAUUCCAUAUGAAAGACGAGAAUUUCGAAGAAUUUAAAUAAAAUU